ACCCAAACCAUGUUUGACCUCGUCGCCACCCCUUCGCUUUCGCUGCUCCGCCGGAGCCUUUAAAUUAUAAUCUGAGAAAAAAAAAAUUUCUUUAAAGAGAAAGAGACAGAGAAGGAGAGAGACAGAGAGGGACGGUAGUUUUACUGUUACAAAUUUCAACCUCUUUCCUCUCCUGCUUCCCCUUCAAUUCAAUCUGGCGGAAAGCCUUUGAUCGAUCGACAUUUUUCUUUUACUUCGAUUCGUUUACCUUCUCUAAUUCUAUUCUCCUUAUCUUUUUCAAUUUCUCUUUAAUCGAUCUUUCAACAUUCGAUUUGUGAAGGUCCAAUUAACUUCUGAGAUCGAGGUGGAGGAAGUUUGAGGAUUCGAGAAACAUAGGAGAUUGGUUCUUUGGAAGAAGAUAUACUUUCUGGAUUUUGAGAAACUUUUUUUUUCCCUAAUUACGAAGAGUAUUGCAGAUCUGUAGUUUGAAGCUGAUGUUAAUGAGAUCAGAGUGAGUUUGGAGAUGUGAUACAUUUGUGAAUUGCGAAAAGAUAUUAGCUCUCAAGAUCUUUGCCGACUAAUUUGCGAGAUCUGGGAGCGGAAAAUAGGUGGAAGUUUAACCUUUGAAGACGGUCACAAUCAUAUGUGCAGAAGUCAGAGAAUGUACAGUCGUUUCUGAAGGUUCCAUCCGCAAUUUGCUCGAACUGAGUCGCAGGAAGAGUUGGCGAAGAUCUCAGCUGAGGUCAAUACCGUUCCUUGAAAACAACUGAGAACAUUCCGUUCCAGAACUGACGGAAAUUUCAGAAGCGGAGAGAGAGAGAGAGAGAGAGAGAGAGAGAAGGCGGGAUAAAAAAACAAAGUGAGACAGUCUGGGAUGCGAGGUCAUCUCAGAAAAUACAAACAUCACCAGCCAUUAAAAUAUAUAAAACAUCGUUAUUUCGUCUCAAAGCAUCAGAGGUCGCGAAUUUAGAAAUUUAUCUGUUCCGGGUCUUCUGACAUUCAAACCAUCGUUUCCGAAGGAGGAAGAUAAAAAUUAUAGUUAGCGGCCGGGCAUGAGACAAAACAGUGACCGACAUGCCUUAAUGUGCACAAACCUAUGAUUAGCUAGUUGUUGCAGAUAAUGAAGGUGUGAGGGGCCUGGUUUUUGUUGUAAAACUUUAGCCCGCGACGAAAAGCUGAAAGGGAGGACGGAAAGAUAUGGGGUCGAUCGAUGGAGAGGAACCGCCACGGUUGGAGAAACCACAGGGAACGGGUGCUAGUGGGGAAAAGAUUUUUGUUUCUGUGAGGCUGAGGCCUCUUAACGCUAAAGAAGUUGCCAGGAAUGACCCAUCGGAUUGGGAAUGCAUUAAUGAUAACACGAUCAUAUUCAGGAACAGCCUUCCAGAGCGAUCUAUGUACCCAUCUGCCUAUACAUUUGACAGGGUAUUUCGUUGUGACUGCUCCACGAGGCAGGUUUAUGAGGAAGCAGCCAAGGAGGUUGUUCUUUCUGUUGUCAGUGGUAUUAACUCGAGUAUUUUUGCAUAUGGGCAAACUAGCAGUGGAAAGACGUACACCAUGGGUGGAAUUACCGAGUAUACUUUGGCAGAUAUAUAUGAUUACAUAGAAAGGCAUCCAGAGAGGGAAUUUGUUUUGAAAUUCUCUGCAAUGGAAAUUUACAAUGAAUCUGUCAGGGACCUCCUCAGUGCAGAUGCUACCCCGCUAAGGCUUCUAGAUGAUCCGGAGAGGGGGACUAUUGUGGAAAAACUUAUUGAAGAAACUGUAAGGGAUUGGAACCAUGUACAGGAACUCCUAUCCAUUUGUGAAGCUCAAAGACAGAUAGGUGAGACAUCCCUUAAUGAAAACAGCUCCAGAUCUCAUCAAAUUCUGAGACUGACUAUUGAAAGUUCUGCUCGUGAAUUCUUUGGCAAGGACAAUUUAAGUACACUUGCUGCUAGUGUGAAUUUUGUUGAUUUGGCUGGAAGUGAGCGUGCAUCACAGGCAUUAUCAGCUGGAACAAGAUUAAAAGAAGGCUGCCACAUAAAUCGCAGCUUACUCACCCUGGGAACUGUCAUUCGCAAACUAAGCAAAGGAAGAAAUGGACAUGUUCCUUACAGAGAUUCUAAGUUAACACGCAUACUGCAACACUCCUUAGGAGGAAAUGCUAGAACUGCCAUCAUUUGCACCGUGAGUCCUGCACGAAGCCAUGUUGAGCAGUCCAGAAAUACCCUUCUAUUUGCAAGCUGUGCAAACGAAGUGGCUACCAAUGCACAAGUCAAUGUAGUUAUGUCUGACAAGGCACUGGUAAAGCAUUUGCAAAAAGAACUGGCUAGACUGGAGAGUGAAUUGAGAAAUCCAGGGCAAGCUUGUGCAACAUCUGAUUCCCAGGCAAUAUUGCGAGAGAAAGACCUUCAGAUCGCAAAGAUGGAGAAGGAGACAAGGGAGCUCAUUCAGCAGCGUGAUCUUGCUCAAUCGCGACUUCAUGAUCUGUUACAAGUUAUUGGUGAUGAUCAGAAUUCUAAAAUAUUGGAACAGACUGCAUGGGAAGAUGUAAAGUCAAUAUCAGAGUCAUCAAUUUUGGAGGAUCCACACUGUGCCAUUGGUGUUGCAAGAAACAAUACAUCUUGGUAUUCUGACAGUAACAGUGUGAAUAAUUCUGUAUAUCCACAGCUUCUUGAGAUUUCAGAGAACCAUUUUCUGUCUGAUGGCACCUCCCCAAGACUAUCUACCACUAGUUCAAAGUUUCUUGGGCCUGAUCCAUGUCAGGGUUGGGAGGAGAUUGCAGAAGAAGCUGUUGAAGAUUCUGAAGACAUUUGUAAAGAAGUCAGAUGCAUUGAGAUGGAGGAAUCUAAUGAGGUCAGAAAUAUAGAACCAAAUGCUUUGUCACCUGAAGAGAAUGAAGGCAUAUUAUCUUUGACAGAGACUGGGAAUGGAGAUGCAACAGAUCAGGUGUUGAUAUCAUCCCCAAAGAAGGGAGAUGUAGAAUUGAAGCAUAUGAAGGAUUUUAUGUAUAGUGCACUGGAGCAAAAACUCCAUCAUGUGCAAAAAACCAUUAACUGCCUUGUCAAUCCCUACCUUGAUGAAACAUCUCCAUGGUCUCCAGCUGACAUGUCUAGCUCUAGAAGAUUGCAGUUGACCAGGAGCAGAAGUUGUAGAGCUGCUCUCAUGAUUAGCUCAUCCACUCCCUAUUAUGAGGGUGGGGACCAGAAUGAGCACACACCACCUAACAGGUUUGAGAGAGAGUUCUCUGGAAGACCUGAGGUCUUCCAUGGGAAGUUUUCUGUAUUAAAUUAUGGUGACAAUGUCAAAAGGUUUUCAAGUAAAGGUUCCCAGACAUCUGAAGGGAGUUCUGUCAUUGAUGAUCCAAAUGUACAGAACGUCAAAACCUCACCUGAAGAGGACAUUACUAGUGACCAUACUUUUGUUACAGGACUGAAGGAAAUGGCCAAAGUUCAGUAUGAGAAGCAGCUUCUUGAUGGUCAGGAGAUAGAAUCAAAGCCUAAUGAGUCUGCAAAGACUGUUAAGGAUGUGGGCUUAGACCCAAUGCAGGAUCCUUCAGAAUCACCUCCAAGUUGGCGUCUAGAAUUUGAGAGGCAGCAGAGAGAGAUAAUUGAACUUUGGCAUGCUUGUAAUGUAUCAUUGGUCCACAGAACCUACUUCAUCCUGCUCUUCAAAGGCGAUCCAACAGAUUCCAUUUACAUGGAAGUAGAGAUCAGAAGACUUUCCUUCCUUAAGGACACAUUUUCUAAUGGAAAUAUUGCUAGAAAUCCCAGAGAAGAUGGUCAGGCACUGACACCAGCAUCAAGCACAAGGGCUCUGCGUUAUGAGAGGGAGAUGCUCAGCAAGCAAUUGCAGAAGAGGUUCUCAGAAAAGGAGAGAGAGGAACUCUACAAGAAGUGGGGUAUCCGUUUAGACUCAAAAAGAAGGAAGCAACAAUUGGCUCAGCGCCUGUGGACAGACACAAAAGACAUGAACCGUGUCAUGGAAAGUGCCACUAUUGUUGCAAAGCUUGUUGGGUUCCUAGAGCCUGGGCAGGCCCUUAAGGAGAUGUUCGGCCUUAGCUUUACACCACAACGAUCACACCGAUCUUCCAGUUGGAAACAGAGUAUGUCAUUUUCUGGUAGGAUAGGUAACUGAUUGAUCCUGGUCAUAUUAACUAUUAAGAUUCAUAUUGGCGCCUUCCACUGCAUGAAUUAAUUUACACUAUAUUAUCAUUACUGUGAUAAUUGUAGAGAAGGGUUGUAAAUUUGCUUAGGUUAGCAAGAUAAUGGGGUUGUAUUGUUGUCAUUUUCUGCUUCUGUUGUAUCAUUUGAAAAUUAAUAAUAACAGUUAUCUAAUCACAGGACCUGCAUUCUAAA